GCCAGCUUUACGCCCCUACCUUACCUUGCCUCAGCGCACCUUGACUUACAACACCGCCUCCCCCCUUUUCGAGAACCUUUCCCUUGCGAUUUUCUACAAAGAGAAGCGACUGGGGAGUAACGUACACACAUCGAAUCAGACGAUCCAAAUCGCAAAGGGCAAGGAAGUGGGAAAAGAAGAAGCAAGAAGCCAUGUCCUUCGAAGGUCUGCAGGAGCGCCUAACGGCCCUGCAAGAGACCACGACUCAGCUCAAAGACCUCAUCGACCGACUCCAGAACCUCAAAUUCCAGCCGGGAUCGGUCCCGCUCGGCAGCGGCGCAGCAGCAGACGAAGAAAAUAGCGCCAGCGCGGAGCUGAGCUCGGAAAUCAGCCAGAUUCUCCGCGAAGAGGAGGACGAGCUGGAGCUUCUCGGGGAGGAGGUGGAGGAUCUCAGGGACGGCAGGCCGGGGAGCGAGGUGGAGCACACAAAGACCCGUCUCAAGGAUGGCAUGGAGAGGUUGAAGCAGGAGAUCAAGAGUUCACGAAUCACCUUCCGCAAGGCGCAACUUGCAGCCCGGCGCAACCUCUCUCAGGCUCAGCGCCUCGAGCGCGAACUUCUCAUCCAAUCCUACUCGCAGCCCGUCUCCGAAGCGUCCUCGCCAUCUCUCAGCGCGCAACAGAAGCCCGACGUCGUCCGCCACCGCCAUGUCCACCAGACGGCGAACCACAACACGAGCUCCCUGACAGAAGAGGACAAACAGACGGUCGGCGCCAGCGGCAACGUCACCAGCGCGCUGCGGCGCACGCACGACCUCAUCGCGGCGGAGCUGGCCCGCAGCGAGUUCGCGCACCAGACGCUGACCGAGUCCUCGGCGGCGCUGGCGCAGCUCGACGACUCGUACGGCUCGCUCGACACCAUGCUGGCGAGCUCCAAGGACCUUCUGGGUACGCUGCUCCGGUCGAACAAGAGCGAUACGUGGUACCUGCAGACGGCGCUCUACAUGCUCAUGGCGACGGGCGCGUGGCUUCUGUUCCGGAGGUUGCUGUACGGGCCCAUGUGGUGGCUGGUCUGGCUGCCGUUGCGUCUGGUGUAUAACCUCACCGUUGGCGGCGGCGGAGCGGUGGUCAAGUACGCCGGGUCCGGAAGCCCCUCCGAGGCCGUGGUCGUCAACGAGGGCAAGAUUGACGUCGAGGGUUUGCCGGAUGAGUCGCUGCCUACUAUUGAAGUCGGACGGGAGCCGCAGCGAUCGGCGGUCGGUGGAGAUCCCGAGUCGUUGGUUGAGAAGGUGGGUAAGAUUGUGGAGGAGAUGCCGGCAGAGAUCGGCGAGGAGACGAUGGUGGACGAAGGCGAGCCGCUAGAGGGUGAGGCCGUGGUUGACCAGGUGCCCGGUGAUGAGCUGAAGCAAGGGGCGCAAGAAGCGCAAGAAGAGAUUAGGCAGCGAGACGAGCUCUGAGUAAGGUAGUCAGGCGACCAAACGCCGAGGGACUGCUCUUACGAAACGGCUAAGCGGUCUCGGUAAAAGAAGAAAUAUCAUCACAUGAACAAUGAUUUUGAUCUCCGGC